AUGGCUUCCAAUCGUGGUCGGCGAAUUGCGAAGGAAAUCGCCGAUAUCCACGCGGAUGCCCAUUCUCAAAUCACAGCAGAGCCAGUCGGCAACGAAGACGACAUUACGCAUCUUCGGGGGUCAUUCCCAGGGCCCCCAGGCACGCCAUACGAAGGUGGGACUUAUAAAAUCGACAUCAAAAUACCAAUAGAUUACCCGUUCCGGCCACCCGUGAUGAAGUUUGAAACCAAGGUCUGGCACCCCAAUGUCAGCAGCCAAACGGGUGCCAUCUGUCUUGAUACCCUAUCGACAGCAUGGUCGCCGGUUCUCACAAUCAAGUCAGCUCUUCUGUCUCUCCAGUCUUUGCUGAGCACGCCAGAACCCAAAGAUCCUCAGGAUGCUGAAGUUGCAUCUAUGCUCCUUCGGAAACCGAAGGAAUUUGAACGUAAGGCCCAGGAAUGGGCGUAUAUUUACGCCGGAGCUCCAAAGAAGCAGGGCGGAGAAGGAAGUGGCGGAGCGACAGAUGAAUCACUACGCCAGCAGGAGCUCAAGUCAAAAGAAGAGCGGGAAAAAGAAGACCUGGCUAAGUAUGAUGGAUAUAAUAAAGAUUUAAUUGAUCGGUUUUGCAGUAUGGGGUUUGACGUGGACCGCGUUGUGGCAGCUUUCCGGUAUUAUGACAUAGAUCAGAUGAAUGGGGAGGAUUAUGAGCUGGAGGAAGGUUAUAUGGGCGACGUUACGGCACGGCUUCUGGGUGAGCCGUAG